GUUCUGCCCUUAUUGGCUCCACGGCAUGCACCAUCAUAGGACCUGACUGAGGCUGGAUAAAAAGAAACCUUGAGAUGCUCUCAGCCUGCUGUUAGAUGAGUCCCAAGUGUCUCUUCCAAAUGCAGGGAGAGGUGGGUUUUGUCGAGCUUGACAAAAAUAGAACACUCAGACUCUUGAAACAUAAUAAAGGUUUCUUUGGCUCACGUUUUGCAUGGCCAUGGCCUCAAAACUAUGCAUCUUCUGAGGUCACAGGGAGCACGGAAUAGUGACACAAAGAAAGGAGAGUCUGCCAAAGCCAUGCUGAGAGAGGACACAAAAAUCAAAAAAACAUGCGCCAUGCUCUGUUGAAACCAGCAUCUCUCUUGAGGACUCAAGAUGUGAGAACUCACUCAUUACAAGCAGUAGAUCCUGGCCUCAAAGAAGUUCUUGGAAAUAAGCUGCUGUCCUCAGGAAAAGGGUUUCAGCCAGGUGUCUGGUCUCGAAUCCUCUGAAAAUCAAAGACUCUCCAGAAUGCUGGUACUUGUUGACUUGUGAUUCUGACCUCAGAGAAGCUAUUGGUAAUAAUCUUAUUCCCUUGAGACAAAGUGUUUCCAUCAGUUUUCUGGCUUCAACUCUGCUGAAAGUCAAAUAUGCUCCAGAACUCUGAUCCCCUGUGUUGACUUUUGAUCAUGGCCUCAGAGAAGGUGAUGGGAAUAUCUGCUGUCCCAGGGCUAAAGGGUUUCACCUGGCCUCAUUUCCUCUGAAAAUCAAAUAGUCUCCAGAAUUCUGGUCUUUGUUGACCUGUGAUUCUGGCCUCAGAGAAGGUCUUUGGAAUAAGCUUCUGCUCCCAGGACAGAGGGUUUCAGCCAAGUACCUGGCCUCUAGUCCGCUGAAAGUCAAAACUCUCCAGAACUCUGGUCUCCUCUGUUGACUUGUGUAAAAUGUUCUGCCCAUGGUGGCUCCAUGGCAUGCACCAUCAGAGAUUCUUUUUUCAGAGGAGGUCUUGGGAAUAUGCUACUGUUUCUGGGACAAAGAGUUUCAACUCUGCUGAAAGUCAAACACUCUGCAGAACUCUAGUCCUCUGUAUUGACUUGUGAUCCUGACCACAGAGAAGGUCUUGGAAAUAAACUGCUAUCCCUGGGACAAAGGGUUUCUGUCAGGUGCCUGACUUCAAGUACAUUGAAAGUCAAAUACUCUCCAAAUAUGUUUCCUUUUGUUGACUUAUGAUCUUAGUCCUGGAGAAGGUGCUUGGGAAUAAGCUGCUUGGGAAUAAGCUGCUGUCCUGGGGACAAAGGGUUUCAAUGAAGUGCCUGGUCUGUAAUCCUCUGAGAAUCAAAUACUCUCCAGAACUCUGGUCCAUGUUGACCUGUGAUGCAGGGAACUUCAGCAACCCCUUGCUUGGGCCCAAUCUCUCUUUAUAUCUUUCAGUGGAAUGUUCUGUCCAGGUUGGCUCCACAGCACCCAUCAUCACAGUGGAAUGUUCUGCCCAGGUUGGCUCCAUGGAAUGUACCAUCAUAGAUUCUGGCCUCAGAGAAGUUCUUGAAAAUAAGCUGCUGCCCCCAAGACAAAGGGUUUCAGUCAGUCAGGUGCCUGUCCUCAAGUCUGCUGAAAGCAAUAUACUCUCCAGAACUCUGGACCCUGUGUUGACUUGUGAUUCUAUACUCAGAGACAGUUUGGGAAAUACGCUGCUGUCCCAGGGAAGGAAGGUUUCAGCCAUGUGCCUUGCCCAGAAUGCUCUGAAAAUCAAAUACUCUUUAGAACUCUGGAUGUUGUUGACCUGUGUGGAAUGUUCUUCCCAAGUUGGUUCCAUGGCAUGCAUCAUCAUAGAUCCCAGCCUCAGGGAAGAUCCUGGGAAAAUGUUGCUGCCCCUGGGAUAAAGGGUUUCAGCCAGGUGCCUGGCCUCAACUCUCCUGAAGGUUAAACACACUCUAGAACUCUGGU